UCACAAGUUACUACGCUAUGAGUACGAACGUACCUAUAUUGAUCACUAUCACUAUAAUUGACUAUAAUAGAAUAACGCUGCAGUCUGGGCAUUCGACUUUAUAAAUAUCUAUUGUAAAAUGUAUUGAUUUAUUUGCACUGCAUUAAUUUAAAACGUAGGUACAUUAUAGCUUCCACUAUUGAUAGUAACAAUCCCUCUUUGUAAUAAACCUUAUAGAGAAACUAGGCAAGAUAAAUUACUGGAUACUUGUGCUUGAUUGUUGACUGUUGUAAUUUUAAUUAGAUAACAGCUUAAAACAAACACCAACGCGUUAAUUUUUGUCACAAAAAUCUUUAUAAAUAAUCAUUUUUAAUAAUUUUUCAUUUUAAUUAUUUUAUUCGAUCGGGAUAAGCUAUAAGUUUAGAACGAAAGGUCAGUAAACGGUAAACAAGAAAAUUAGUAGGUGAGCAUCGCCCAUCAGCUAGAAUGUCAGCACCAGGUUUAACUUCAGAAGCCCAGUUACGGUACAUGCUCCAGUGGUUUGGAGAGUUUAGUGAGCUGCAAAGGGAAGAUUUCUUGCCUAUACUUGCUGCAUCAAGGGGGGAUAAGCCCGAUCAGCUUGCAGCUACCAUGUCCUCAAUGAGCUGCCAAGAGAAGCCAGUCAGCCUGUUUCAAUGCCGAAUAAAGCUAUUUAAUGAAUGGUAUCCCACAUGGUCUGAAGAGGAGCAAGAUAGAUUGGUGAAAAGUGUUUCUGAUAUGGAUGCUGAAUUUGGUUCGAAACUUCAAGAGUUGCUCACAAACAAUGGGCAAAUUAAUGGUGAGCAGAAUGGCACAGAUAUCUUUACAGAUGAAAAAACAGAGGAAUCCUGGGGCGGUGAACAAGUACAGGCGAAUGAAGAUGAUGAGGUUGUUUCCAAUGACUUACCUGUAGAAAUUGCAGCGGCAUCUUAGGCCAACUGUGAUACAAUAACUUUUGAUAAAUACCACCUUAUAUUGGAUUUAGAGGCUUUGAGGCUCAAAAUAAUCACCUAGACUGUAUUUAUAUAAAAGAUGUUUCUUAUUAAAGAAACUAUUAUGGCAGCAGAAUCAAAUAGUAUAUUGUUUCAUAUAUGAAAAAUUCAACAGAAGUGUUGAAUAAACACCGAAUGAACAAAUGUGUUAAAAUGAACACAUCAUGAUGAAACCAUAUGCACAUAUAAUGUAAUCUACAAUCAGAUCUGUAAUGAAUGAGCUGGGUUUUGUAAGUUUUUAGACAUUUUUAUACAUUGUCGACUUUGCUGCUAUUUUAUCCAACAUGUUUCAUUUAACAUUCCAUUUACAUAUCAGAAAGUCAGAACCAGAGUGGCAUAUUAUCAUUUCUGGAAAAUGAUCAGUAUUUUAUUUAGCAUAAAGACAAAAUAUUAUUAGUAUAGUACUGGUACUUGUCCUUAUAGUAUGUAUUAUUAGUAUGUAUUAAAUAUAGAUACAAAUAUGUACUAAGUAUUACAAAGAGAAUGUUUACAGAUUGAACUUAGCAAGUCUUCUUUUAUGGCUAUAGCUGAGACUCAAGUAGCAAGAAAAUAUGUUUUACAAACAUGCUAUGAUACAAAUAAUGUUUUCUUUAAUAUGUAAGGUAAACUUUUUUGCUAUUGUGAUGAAAUUAUCUGCAGACUUGAAAAAUUCAUCAUGUUCAUUAUAUAAUGGAGAAUGUAGUAUUAUUCCUUUUUUUAUUCAUAUUUCUUAGGCUUUUGGUUAUACAUUCCACAUGCACACUCCAUUUAGUUAUAUUUUAGAAUAUGAAGAGUUGUUUUACUUUAUAUUCUUAGAAUCAACAUUUGUUUUUUCUUUUAGCUGUAAUGAUUAAAAUAGAUAGUUUUACAACUUGAAUCUCUAUGCAAUAAUUCCGAGUAUCUAAUAUUCAAUAAAAUCUCUGAUAUUUUCUCAUAAAUUAGGUAAAUAUUUGCCAUUUAUGUCAUACUUCAACUAAAGUUGGUUGAGGUAUAAUGACUAACUAGAUCUAAUUUGUUACCCAACAUGUCAUUAAUAGAAAAUAAAAAACAUGCAAUGUGAUGCAUGAAAGAACUGCAACUUCCAAGUUAGAUAUGACAAUUACUGUCUUACAAUUAUUGCAACUUUAUGCAUGUAGAUAGGAAAUCUUAAUAUUUCAAUUUUAAAACAAAAAUGGUAGCAGCUUUUUCCGAAAACAGGACUAGUUACUAUCUCUCGUUCCAUACGAAAGCUGUGGCAAAAAAAUAAUUAAUAACUAUCGAAUAUGUAUUAUUGCUUGGCAAAGACAUUUUUAAGAACAUAAUUAAUAUUCAUUUUUUUGCUUAAUGUGUUAUACAAAAAAACAGUAAACUUUCAUCAACUUUUGAAUCUCAUGGUAUUAUCUCAAAUUCUUUCCAAAUAAUUUAUAAUAGAGUACAAACAUCUUUUGAUAAGUUAUUAUAGAUUUUAUAAGUUUGUUAAAAACUUAUAGCAGAGAAAUGUAUUUUUAUUGAAUUGUUUUUACUAGUUUAAUAAGUUUAGUAUUUGCAUGCACCUGGUUACACUACAUUGCCAUAAAGUUCCAUAAACAUUAUUAUAAUAUAAUAUAAUAUAUAUUUUUAUUUUGAGAGUAUUUUUAUAUAGUGAGGCAUCUAUAUGUAUAACCCUUAAAUAUAAAAAUAAUUAGCCAAAAAGUGAAAAUAAAUUUUAGGAAAUUGCUAAAUCAUUAAAUAAUGAUUCAGUACAAAUAUCAUGAUAAUUUUGUGCCAAGGUUAUUUAGAUGUAUUUUUAUUUAGUUUAUAUAUAUAUAUAUAUUUUAUAUAUUUAUAAAUAAAAAGUAUAAUAUAUACUUUCAUCAUAUUAAGUUAUAUAUAGUAUGUUAAGAUUUGGAGAAGUUUUGGUGUGAAACAUGGCCAUAAAUGAGAAGAAACUAAAAUGGAUAUAGUUUUAAUAUAAUAAUUUAUUAUAUUGUAACAUUUAUUAAACAUUAAAUCAUA